CGACACAUUCCUCUACGCUGACCCCAUCGAUGAGAUCCCCACAGGCCCAGUCAUCAACAGAGUCAUACAUAAACUGGAACUUUAUUCUAUUGCUUUUUGCGUAUGCUAUUCUGGCGAUGUUUCUUUGUUCGCUGAAUGUUUUGAUUGCUAAGCCAUGUCUUCGAUACCGUACAAACGCCUGGUUGAGCAAGAUGAAAGUAACUGCAAUUUGACUGUGGCUAAAGGCAAAUCUGGCAAUACCGAAGGACACCGUCUUCGAAAGUACAGAGACGAGGCCUUAAGAAAAGGCACUUUAACCUCCAACGAAGAGUCAAGCAAGCAGUCGUUGGGGACAAAAAAGCGCAGCUCUUCUGCGGCGGAACGUGAAUUGCGUGAAAACGAAUCGAAAAUUCGAAACUUCUUAGAAGGAGAGCGGCGAAAUGUCUCCGAGCAUCGAAGGGACGUAAACAGACGUUCUCGAGAGACGUUGUCGAAGCGACAGGUGCGAAUUGAAAGUUGCAUUCUUGGAGCGCCAGUUCUGAAUGGGUUAGUCAAUGUAGAUGAUAUCCUAAGGUCUCUGUUCGGGAAAAUGACACAGCAAGACACAGACUGCCUUAGUCUGAACAUCGACGACCACAAUUACCUGAGACCUUUACAGUCAGAUUCGAAACAACUUCAGAGACACCAGCAAUCCACUAGCAAGCGCUACCGUCAUAAAAAAGGGAACCAUUCUUCAAGUCUUUCCAAGUGCAAUAGUUACUUUGCGGGCGAAACUAAACCCAAGCAGCCAAGUCAUGCUUCUAGGGACACAAGAGAUCUUUCUCGGCCAAGAAGACGUGACAAGGAAAGAGCUGCUCUUGGACGUGACCACCUGUCCAACAAAACAGCGCCCACAAAUUACUACCACCCGGGAGACGAUCGAAAGUACCAGCACUCACCACCAGACGAGCAUGUAGAUGGAGCUCUCUUUCAAGACAGAAAUAAAGAUGAAUUUCAUACUGAUUACUUGCCCACAGAUCACCGAAACAUUUCUCGAGCACAAACGGAAAAACACGAGCGACACACUCCUAAACAAAAGAGAUGUCACCGAAAUAGAGAUGAGCAAGGCAAGUAUUUCCAGAGGUAUAAUGAACAAAAGAAGCAUGCACUAUAUACAAUUGAAGAAGAGAAGUACCAUCAGGAUGAUGGACUCGUGAAUUUUCAGCCGCAAACCUCUGGGGACGGAGGUCAAAAACAUACAAAUGACCAGCACACAUACACAUCGCAAAGUAAAGAGCAAACAAGCUUUUGGGUACAGAACGACAAACGAAAUCCAAAACAUGUGAGUUCUAAAAAGAAUAAAACUAGGACUGAACAUGAAGGAUACACGACAAGCGAUUUCAAAAAACAUUUUUUUCAAGAGAAUGAUCAAAAGAGUACCCGUUUACAAAUUGCAGCACUAAAUAAUAAGAAAUACAUCAUAAAUAGUAAGAACAGCCGACCAGUAACAAACAGAAAAAGCCACUAUUACGUUGAUGAAUGUAUGGAAUAUGAGUUCAAAGACGCUAAUCUCGCAAAACGUCCACUAAAUACUUACGAAAUAACAAAACAUCAGUUACCAGCAAACGAAUUGUCAAAACAUGAGUUUGAAGCUUAUGGACUAAGCAAUGUUCAGUUUCCCUCCAAAAAAAUAACAGUACAUCAUUCACAAGGAAAUAAAGUCACACUUCACUCCUCGAAAACAAAUGAAAUAUUGAAACCCCAGCUAAAAGCUGAGACUGCCAUGGAACACCAACCACAAGCGAAUGAAGAACUGCAGAUUAGCGAAGUGAAACAUUACCAGAAAGUAGCAGGCAAUGCAAAUAACCCAAUGACUGCUAGAACUGAACUAGAAAGGCCCGUGUCUCAAAAUAUAAUUUUGAAAAUACCACAAAAUCAAGUGUCCAACAAAAUAUAUACACAAAAUAUUGAUCAAAAUAAAAUCAAUAUUACAGAGGAUAUAACCCGCUUGAACACCGACGAUCAGUCACGCCAAUCUGAAGCCAAUCUUUUCAAUAAAGUAUGGGCUAUUCAUGAAAUGUGUGGUCCACGUACAGAACAAGAUUCUCAAGAAUACGAUGUUGCCUUAGACAAACUUAAGCCUGAAAAUAAUGUCUUCUCGCUUAAACCUUGGUCUGAUAAGCUUGAGCCGCCCGUCAUUAAAGACAUGGAAACAGAAUCAGUCCAAGAAACUCCUAUUCACAAACCAUUAGCUCACAUCGAUUUACAGGCACCGAGUGAAAGGAAAAGCAGUUUCAACAAAAACACAGACACAAAAAUCCGUAAGACAAGAAAGAGGAUCACAUUUUGUGAGAAUCCCAUAACAAUUUACAUAGACGAUAGUUCGCAUGAUCAGCAGAAUGAAACCCAAUGCUUUGAAGGAGUAAGCAGAUUAGAGCCACCAAAGUACCAGGACGAUGGUAAUGAUCUGGAAGUUAGCCCAGACAUGGUAACGUGCCUCAGAGCUAGAGCAGAAACUCAAGUGGACGUUGGUGCAGAAACAAACACACGUUCUGAGCAAGAUGAGAAGUUAACAAAGACAACUCAGGAUAAGACGCGAUUUACAAAUGGAUUUACAAGUUCUCAAGUAAAAGAAUGUAACUCUCAAGACUCGGCUCAUAGUCCUAUCAGAGAUCUGAUUGAAAACAAGUGUUUUGAGGCAAAGCCCAUGCUCAUCACUGACAAAUAUUUUCUUGACCCAAGCCCAACUAUUACAAAAUCACUAGACAAUAAAAACAGUAGUAUCAGAUACUCUAACGGAAGUCCAGAACGUCAAAAAAAGCCAGUGAGAGAGCCUUUGGAUGAUGACCCUAGUCCAUUCAAAGAAAAACGUCAUAGCCCAGCCAAGCACUUGGAUGAAAUACCAACUCGCAAUCAGAUUUUCAUGCCCGAAAUGUACAAAGCAAAGACUUCAGAUUGUAAUACUGAUAUUCUGCAGCGAACAUGUAGCCCAGGCUAUUUCAACAAAACAAAACGAACAGAAACUAAUGCCGAAAUAGUGGAUUCGAAUUUUCAGGAUAGUCCAAAAGUUAAAGUUGAUUUACCCCAGAACGUUAAUGUACGCUGUGACUCCGUGGAUAAAUCGACAAUAACAAACUACCCAAUAGAAUCUGGUAGUAAUAGUUGCACAUUCGACUGUACUCAAACUAAACCUAUCCGUUUGUUGCCUUUUAGCACUGACACUAAGUUAGACGCCAGUAGUUUUAAAAAUGUAGAUGACAACAUCCAAAAACUUGACCAAAGGAAAUCUCCAAACCAGCAUGUUAGAUUAAAUCCAUUUACUGGGUUACAACGUCAAGAGGAAUGCACUCAACAGCCACUUGGUAAUGCUGGGGAAGAGACUGGUGUGAAAGAUGUACACUGCUCUAGCUUUUAUGAAGCCCCUCCAAUCCACGAAGUCUCUCCUUGCAGAACACCUAGACCAGAUUGCCAGACUGUCGAGUUCAACUCAAGUUCAGACUUAACUAGCGCACACGUCGAGAUGAUUCAGCAAAACACGCAUUUGAAAGCUCUCCUGGAGACCAUCGUCGACGUCCAUGAGCUUGCCAUGAAUACAAAUGAUGAUAAGCAGAGAUGUGAAUUAAGCAAUGCCAGGCCUCCGCUUAAUCAAAUACCUAUGACGUUAGACUCUAAUGUAUUAAACUUCGUAGAAGACAUAGAUCCUUGCCCUUCUUGUACAAUUAACUUCAGUACAACGAGGGAUUCACCACAGCCAAGUUAUAAGCAUAGUGCCAGAGAUGCCGGUCUAAAUGGGGUGCUUAAAAAGAAAGUCCAAUUUAAAGAGAGCUUUGGGGUACAGGAGUCUACGGUUGUGACCGAACAGCAAUUACCUGAUACAAAAUAUCACGCCGAUUCGAGUGAGGAUGUUUUCGCAAAUAUUCCUAACGGCUGCCCGAUAACUUCUACUAAUAUAAGUUUUUGUGGCUAUCGUAAUCCUGCUCAAACCUGCGACAGCUCGUCUCACUUAUACAAGGGAAGUGAGCGUGCAGUGGGAGAAAUUCCCGUUUUGUGCAGAGCAACGGAUGACGUAACGUGUCAGUCAGAUCAAAGAAAACUGAGCCUUGAACAAAGCUCUGAGGUCAGUUAUGUGACAGGUGUGAGUAAAGACAGGGAUUCUCAAAAGAUAUCCUCCCUUCAGUGUAAGAUCAAUCAGAAAAUGAUGUCCUUAUUUUCCAACGACUUUGAAUGUUUUGUGAGACCCAAAGAUAUUGAAUUCUUUGAUAAAUACAUUAGACCGCUGGAAGCGAAUUUCGUAUCCAGCAUUGAUGCCAAGAAAUUAACUUUGGCUUUGAUCGAUCAGGAAAGCAGUCAGUCCAGCUCAGAAAGUGCUCGUCGUCUUCUUAUGGACAGCGAGCACUGUGAGUCGACGAUCCUGAAGGAGACGAGGAGGAUUCUCAAACAACGGCGCGAAGAAUUCGAAGGAAAAGAUCUAUCCCUUCAUGACUUCUCCGCUCAAGAAGAGGCUCCAAAGAAACCAUUUUGGAAACAAGCCGAAGCAUAUGUGCCCGGGAGAAAAUCUUCCAAGAAUCCCUUCGUAACAUACGAAGAUGGAGUGUACAUUUCGAUCUCGCCAACGAGAGACCACAUCUCAGGUGUCUUUGGAAAUGAAUUCAGUUCCAGUGCAAGUCCAUCUGUUAUGCAGUCGUGGGAGAUAGUUAAUACAUUGACUGAAAGCAAGGAAGAUGUCGAUGAUAUGUGUCAAUGUUUUAUCCCGAAAGAAUGUCAAGGUACAAUCAUUGAAAGCGCUUUACUCGUCCAAGAUAAGCUGGAUUAUCUGACAAAGUCACUGGCUGAAACGGAAUACAAGAUGGCUGAAAGUCACCAGAGCGUGGAAGAUAAAAUUGAGUUACUUGCUAGAAAGCUGCUCGGUGCAGAGAAUGACACUGAAGCAGGCAAGAAAAAAGUCAAAUCUUCAAGAACACUGUUUGAAACGGAAGAUCGAGUCGCCGAGACAGACAGCAAUGUCCAGGGUGUCCUCGGAAAUCUGUCUAAUAAAUUGUUUGAUGCUGUAAAUGUAUUCCAGGAGUGUCGCAAUCGUGAUGACGGGUCUGUAGAGCUAAGUGACACGGAGUCCAGCGACGCUUCUAAGGGAGACACAAGCGAGGAUGCGGUGGAAAUAGGUUCCACCCGCGACGCGAAUAAAAAUUCAGGAAUGUCGUCUAUUUUGGCGCUCCUCUGCGCAAGCACUUCCGGUGUCGCUUUCGGCUAUCUCAUCAGCCUCGCUCGACAUUACGCGGAACUACCCGGGGAGGUCCCGCUAGAUACUGCAAAUAACUCUUUGUUGGAGUUUCAAAGUUGGCAAGAUUUCCAAGCCCUUUGAACAUGGUCAACAGCCCAUGCUUAGACGAGGAGCUUUGCCUGACAGAUUGUCGUGACCUAAAUAUAUGGUAAACAGAACCGUCUUUAUUAGGAUUAGUAUUAUAUUGAAGUAGACAUGAACGUAUGUAGGCUACAACAGUCUGUUCUGGCUACACUGUAUCACUUGUCUCAUGUUUUUGUGACAGUUGUAUUCAGUUUUAGGGAACAUAAACAUUCCUCCUGUUUUUUUGUUUUUUCUUUACUGAGAAAUAUUUUGCUCCAUUUAGACUUUGGAUUAUACGCUACAUACAAUUUCUUACUGCUGAUGAAACAUUUUUUGCUUUAUUUUUUUUUAUAAAGAUUGGAAUUAGAUCUGCUACUCUAGCAAUAUUUUUUUAAUCAAUAUCAUCGACAAGAUAACGAAUUUGAUUUCCCGCAGAUAAUGACAUUUUAAAAAUCAAUAAAUUUUGA